AGUACGCUAGCAGUUCACACGGAGUAGUUUGCGUUCGGACCAGGUGAGCGGAGGUUGCGUGCCGUGCUUGCCCGCUGAGGUCAAGCGAAACUGGUCCUGCUCAUCAGGGACGUUGAGACUGCUGACAGACUGACAGGUGUUGCUCUCUUCUGUAAACAGCAGGCACACGCUACCUUACGUUCAGAUGUAAGUAAAUGAAUUUCCACUUUGGCAGGACCAACCAGGAUCGCAGAGGAGCCGCUGUAACAUCACACAAUCAUGGUGAAGAAAAGGCGACUUCGUCUCAUAGCCGAAAUGGCUCGGAAGAUCAGGGCGUACCGCGAGCUCAAGUCCCGGCCGCGGGAGUCCCAGAAGUACGCCCUGGACUAUGACACGAUGAAGCGGCCUCUCACGGGGAAGAUGCUCCCCGUGCUGGCCUGGCCGGAUGUCCGCAGGGAGAGCCGCCUCUUCUCCCUGCUGGCGGGCAUGAGGCUGUUUGGAGUGGGCCGCCUCUUCACCCGCAAGUCCUGGCUGGACGACCACACUGAGCCCAGCUACUGGCAGAUCACCAAGGUCAAGGUGGACUACACGUCUGAGAACAUGGAUCAUGGCAAGGCAUGGGGGAUCCUCACCUACAAAGGAAAACAGGAGAGCGAGGUCAAGGAGGUGGAGAAGGUGAUGUACCACGACUGGCGCCUGGUUCCCAAACACAUAGAGCAGCAGUUCAAGGACUUUGAGCCGCUCCCUGAGCCGCCUGUGCGCUAUGUCCCCUACCCCCCCCUGCUCCGCGCCAUGAUGCUGGCCCAGCACAAAAAAGCAACGGGAAGCGUACUGGCAGAGGAGCCCGCCUUACCUUUAAAGAGGGACGUCCAGCUCAACAAAGACUAUUUCCGCAAGCAGGAACAAGAGAGGCAGAGCAAAGAGGGGACAGCGGUGUGAUACUCCGCCGUGUACAUGCUUCGCUAAUGUUGGACAUUUUGGACCAAAUCAGUGUUGACAGAAGUGGUCAUCGUCUUCUGUCCGAGUACACUUGAAGCCCUUGCCUCAAAGUCCUGAUAAGUCCUGGACUCAAACGAAGUCUCUGCUAUUUUCAUCUUAAGCACGCCUCUCUGUGUGUAAUAUUUAUCUUUGUGAUGUGCUGAAUAUUAAAUCCGAGGCCACUCUAAGUGACUUUUUUUAUGCAAUAUUUUUUGUGCAUGCAGUAUAGAUUACUUAUAGACUACAUUCAUGGGGCCUACAUUCAUGUCACGUAGUGAAAUUUAAACACCUUGAAAUCACCUUUUUUGUGCCAUCAAAGAGAAGGCAUGUGUCAGCAGUUUUGACCACUGACCACACAGCCCAAAUAUGAUUCAUGUGAUGUGAAAGGCUGAACACCCACUUUCUGCCCACUCAGGUGUUUAAUGUGUCCUGCUCGUCCUGCAAAACGAUUGUGGGGUACAUGAUCAGUUUUACAUUGUGUUUAGUCCGUUGGCCAAGGGAAAAUUGAUCUCAGUCCUGAUAUACAAUAAAAAAUUGGAGAUUU